AUGAGAUCUACAUCACUAGCACUGCUGUCUUUGGUGGCGGGUGUCCAGUCUCUGGCCGUCAGACGAGAUGAUACCCAGGAAGCUCAUCUCAAAAUCCCUGGCUUGCCUCUUCCAAAUGCCACAAAAGCAUACUGGCAAGAUCCUCCUCACCGUAUCGCCAACCAUCGCACAACAAAAGACCUGCCCACAUCCCAAGUCUUCGACUAUGUGAUCAUCGGCUCAGGCAUCUCCGGCGCCGCAACAGCGCACAAGCUACUGGACCGAGAUCCCGAUCUGUCUAUCCUCAUGAUUGAAGCCCGCACCGCAGCAUCUGGCGCAACAGGUCGUAACGGCGGUCACUGCAAAGCCGGUAACUACAACGGUGUGAAGAAGUGGGUAGAGGAGUACGGCGAGGAUGAUGCGUUGAGGGUCAGCAACAUGGAGCAGGACUGCGUUAAUGAUGUGCGCGAGUUUGUCAAGUCGAAUAAUGUCUCGAGCGACUUUACGGAUGUCGAAACUGCCAGUCUUUACUGGACCAAGGAUGCUUUUGACACGGCUGUCAAGAACAUUGAGUUUCAGCAUGCGUUGGAGAAGAAGAGACCGAAUGACGUUCCUGACAACAAGAGGACUAUCAUGAAGGGUCAAGAAGCGCGCGAUUACUGGCAGUGGCCUGAGAUCGUUGGUGCUGUGACUUUUAAAGCCCACACCCAGAAUCCUUACCUUACUGUCUGUGCUAUGCUCGAGUACAGUCUUGACAAGGGUCUGAACUUGCAAACCAACACCAUGGCGCUCAACCUGAAGCAACUCGGCAAGACCAAGAGCGGAGCUAAAUGGGAAGUCAAGACGAACCGUGGCACCGUCAAGAGCAAGAACGUCGUUCUAGCUACCAACGGCUUCACAAACGCUCUUCACCCAGGUAUCGCCAGCACAAACUUCACCAUGCCCGUCAGAAACCAAGUUGCCGCCGUCACACCCUCGAACAACGACACCGACAGCAAGGUCUUCCAACGAAGCAACAGCGUAGGUGAUCUCCACAGCGGAAACGUCUACAUCGCCGCUCGUCCUCCAGGAUCCAAGGACGCAGGAAGUGUCGUCAUCGGCGGCUCUACCCAAAUGUCUCCUACACGAGAGCGCUGGAUCUCAGAUGAUACAUCCAUCAACGACCAAAUCGCUCUCGUCCUACAUGGCGCAGCACGUACUGUAUAUGGAUACAAGAACUGGGGCGAAUCCACGACUGUUAUCCAGGAUUGGGUUGGUAUUGUCUGCGAGACACCGGAUGAGUUCCCCUUGGUUGGUGACGUCCCAGCUGAGGAUGGUCUCUGGGCUAUUGUCUGUAUGAACGGUCAUGGUAUGGCUUGGGCUUAUCGAAGUGCUGAGGCGCUCGUUGAUAUGAUGACUACUGGAAAGACGCCCAAAUGGUUCCCUGAGCAGUUCAAGGCUCAACGUGCCUGGGAGAGCAGCGGUUAUGAUGAGUUGUAA